AUGGAGUCCCUCUGCCUAAGAAGGAAGCAAUGAAGACAGAGCUUGACAAGAUAAUGACUAACCAGAUAAUUGCACCUGUUACUGAGCCAACCAAUUAGGUGUCUAGUGUCCUAGCUGUGCCCAAAAAAGAUUGUUAUGUCUGCAUUUGCCAGGAUCCUUCUAGUUUAUCUAGAAUAAAAUAUAUGAAGUCUAUGUCUUUACUCAUUUUCAUAUUCCUGAGCACAUCCCUCAUACGAUGUGAAAGAUAAGUUGUGUUGUGAACACUGCCACUGCAGAGGACGCUAUCUUAUCAAAAGUAUUCUUAAGGUCAGGUACAACAACAGAGAAACUAACUAACGAUAAGUGUGAUUCUACGAAUUCAGAAAGAGAGACAACCCAAGCUGUGUAUGAUUUAGACGCAUUUGGAAUGAACGACCAUAACAUACGACAAAUUUUACUUGAUAACCUAUAACAUGGUUGAUAAAAAGUGCAAACAAGGUCUUUGUUUGCAGUGGCUGAUGUUGAGUCCUUUGUGGAGAAGCCUGCUGACGUUUUACAGAGGUGUUGCUGCCUGGAGCAGCACAUGAAAUCGGGUGUACUUUUUUCACAUGGCAAUGAAGCUCGACAAGUUCCCAGCAAACAAUACCUGUUAGAGAGGUCUGGUAUUUCCGUACAUUUCUCAUCCAUGCACGAAAACUAUUUCAGCCCAUGGAAGUACGUUAUGAAAGAAGACCAAGAAUAUAUUCAGAGUGGCAGGCAUCCUGACCUCACAAGCGCUACUGCUCCAAGAAGCACCAUGACCUCUUUUACCAAAGGAAAAGGACUGAAAAAGAGGUAA